AUGCAGGAAGCAGCAAGCAAGUGUGUAGUCUGGCCUGAUGUAAGCAAGGAGACGUUUGGCCGAUUUGCCAUGUUUCUGUACACGGGUGACUACAACGGCGUCGAGAAAUUGCCUAGUUUGACCGAAAAAUCAAAGGAUGGGAUGUGUUCAACAACCAGGAAUGCAAAGGACCGUGGCACUACCACUACAAGUCAGACCGGUCGAUUCAUGACUGAAUGCCCGGAUCCGCUCUGCAGCCACGACGACGUGGCCUGGCCGGACAACCGAACCUUGAACAUCCUAAUGGUCCAUGCCCACAUGUAUGUUCUGGCCGACUAUCAUCACAUCGAAAGUCUAAAGGCCGCUGCCCUGAGAAAGCUACACCGACUUCUUGUAUGGUACACGGUCACAGAAGACAGCCUGGAGCAGAUAGUCUGUCUCGUGCAGUUCACCUACGAAAAUACGUUGCCAUGCAAACGAGACUCGCUGCGCAGCAUGGUGAGUGAGUAUUGUGCAUCUGCUCUCAUUCGUUUCCGGGUCGUGCCCGAGGUGGAGUCGCUGAUGCGAAGGCUACCCGAUUUUGCUGCCGACAUGUUCCAGAAACUCAAACUGCACUGA